UGAGAGCUCAGAUUGUGAGAAUCAUGAGUUCUGUUCAUUCAUGAUGUUCAUGGAACAUCACCUGGGGACUUGCCAUAAGAGAGACGGGGGAGAUUGUUGAUGAGUGAUGGUGGAUUAAAGUGAAAAGACAAAAUAGUCCGAACAAUUAAUAAGGUAACAAAGAUUGAGAGGGGUAAUUUGGAUAAAUCAAAAGUGGGUACAUUACUAACAUAGCAACAUCCAUAUAUAUAUAUUGUACUCUACUCCCUAAUUUCAAAUUCUUGUUUUGCCUCUAAAAUCUCUCUAGAUAGUCUCACUCAGUUCCAGGCUCGGCUACCAAGUACAGUACUUGAAGUUCUCAGUCACUCCAGUUACCAAAAUUCACCGCAAAGAAUAUAUCAGUCUCCUAACAUCAAAGAAGAAUAUAGGCAAGUUAGAAGAGCUGGAAGAAGUAGAAUCAAGACUCGUUUCACUUAUUUCAAAAUGCCCCAAUCUGAGAGUCCUCCAUCAAAUUCAUGCCCAUAUAACCACUACUCAUUCCUUUAUUCCACUUCCCACUAUCUCCUUCAUUCUCUCCAAAGUUCUCGCCUUUGCAGCCCUUUCUCCCAAUGGGAGCCUCAAUUAUGCCAAACGGGUCCUUACCCAAAUCCCAAACCCUAGCAUUUUCUCUUAUAAUUCUCUCAUCAGAGGUUUUCUUGAAUCCCAAAUCCCAUCUCAAGAACCCAUUUUUAUUUUCAAGAAACUGCUCAAGAAAAAUUACCCAAAAGCAAAUACUUUCACUUUAGCAUUUGUUUUGAAGGCAUGUUCACUUUUGGCAGAAUUUAAGGAAGGCCAACAAGUGCAUAAGCAUGUAAUACAAUCUGGGUUUGGAUCAAGCCCCUUUGUUCAAACCUCAUUGUUGAAUUUAUACGCGAAAUGUGAAGAGAUUGGGCUGGCGGAGAAAGUGUUUGAUGAAAUUCCUGAGAGAAAUGUGGUUGCUUGGAGUGCAAUGAUUAGCGGGUAUUCGAGACUUGGGAUGUUGAAUGAGUCUUUAAGUUUGUUUAGGGAAAUGCAGAAGACAGGUGUUUCGCCCGAUAAGGUGACAAUGGUGAGCGUGAUAUCGGCUUGUGCUAUGCUUGGGGCAUUAGAUUUGGGGAGGUGGGUGCAUGCUUAUAUCGACAGGAGAUUGAUUGAGAAUGAUCUUGAGCUUAGUACUGCGCUUGUUAACAUGUAUGCAAAGUGUGGAUGCAUUGAGAAGGCAAUCGAGUUAUUUGAAGCGAUGCCUGUUAAAGAUUCCAAGGCUUGGAGCUCAAUGAUAGUUGGUUUAGCGAUAAAUGGGCUCGCAGAAUAUGCAUUGGUGACAUUUUCCAGGAUGGAUAAAGCUAAGGUGGAACCUAACCAUGUGACACUUGUUGGGGUACUUAUGGCCUGUGCUCAUAGUGGACUAAUUUUUGAAGGGAAAAAGUAUUGGGCAAGCAUGAUUGAGUCUGGUAUUGAGCCAUCUUUAGAGCACUAUGGCUGCAUGGUCGAUCUGUUAAGCCGUUCAAACUUAAUUGAUGAAGCUUAUUCAUUUGUCGAAGCCAUGCCACUCACCCCGUGUCCAGCAAUAUUGCGCACAUUACUUUUUGGGUGCAAAAAGAACAAGAUCUUGGACAAAGGUGAAAUUCUCGGCCAGCAUCUCAUUGAAUUAGAGCCGUGGAAUGCAGAGAACUAUAUCCUACUGUCUAGUUUGUAUGCAUCGGUAUCAGACUGGGAAAAAAUGCGCCACGUGAGGAAGCAGAUGAAAGACAAAGGGAUUAAGGCAAUGCCAGGAUGCAGUUCCAUUGAAGUUGACGGUCUUGUGCACGAGUUCAUAAUGGGUGAUUGGUCGCACCCUGAAGCAGAGGAGAUCAAAGAAGUCCUAAGAGAUAUAUCGCAAAGGGUAUAUUCUACAGGUCAUGAACCUUGGAUUGCUACUAUACUGCACAAUGUGAGUGAUGAAGAGAAGGAAAUUGCUCUAUGUGAGCACAGUGAAAGGUUGGCUAUUGCGUUUGGCCUUUUGAAGACAAAAGCACCAACAGUGAUUAGGAUAGUGAAGAAUCUUAGAGUAUGUAGAGACUGCCAUGAAGUGACAAAGAUAAUUAGUAGAUUAUACAACAGAGAGAUCAUUGUUAGGGACAGAGUUAGGUUCCACAGGUUUGUCAAUGGAGUUUGUUCUUGCAGAGAUUUUUGGUAAAUAUUACUCUAUUAGCAAUAUAUUGCAAAAAUCACCCGCUUUUAGAA